AUGAUGCAAGUCAGACCAGCCAACCAUCCACUAACUGACACUCUUAAUGGUAGUAGUACAAGAAUACAAGAAGUAGAAGCAAUAGUUGCAGAAGUUGUAGAAAAAAAUUUGGCGACCAUGGAAUUGCAAUAUUUUACUGUCUCGCUAUAUCGACGUCGAAAUUAUGAAAAAUGUGUUGAGGUGUGCAAUGCAAUGUUACAAGCAGGUCACGAAAAUAAUGUCCAAAUGUUUAAUACACCACCGGAUGAAGAAGAGGAUGGUAAUGGUACAGCAACAGUUGGCGGUAGUGGUGGUGAAGAGUUGUUAUUGAACAAUAGCUAUGGCAGUAGUAGUGGUGGUAUUGGUGUUAGUACUACCAGUGCCGGUAUAAGUAACAACAGUAGCAUUCAAAGAUACAGUAGCAAUUUGCAACGCAUGGCCGUCAGGCAGGGUGGACGCCAACGUGGCAUUUAUGGCAACAAUGUUUCUUCAUCUUCUUCGUCUUCUACUUCGACAACUGCAACAACAAUUGCUAACCAAUUUCUACAACAAUUUUCUUCUUCAACGUCGUCGUCAUCAUCGUUUAGCAUCAUGCCCACGUGGAUGAUGGAAGGCGUUUGGCAAUUAAAAUGCGCGCACUUACGCAACGCAUCUAUAUUGAUGGACUUGGAAACCAAUGAUGCAGAUGAUGCCGUAAACGAGGAAGUGGAAUUUGAGCGUAUUGCCACAACAGCAAGGCCCGGAACUUCGAUAAAAACCGCAUUUGUUCCGAGACCCAGUACGAGUAAUUUAAGGGGCUCUACAGCUUCUAGUUUGCACCAGCGUAAAGCAAUAGGAACAGCUGAGAGUAUAAGUAAAAGAAUGUUAACUUCUAGCUUGUCGUCUAGACCAACAUCGGGCAUGGUGCGUCCUGGUACUAGUAGCUUAAGCCGACCGGGUUCCUCUCUAGGUAGCCGUCCAGCUUCACGUUGUGGCACCGCUUCACGUGUACGGGCCAGCUCUGCAGCUGCUUUUAAUAUAGGAGAUGCAACCGCUCCUUUAUAUCAGGCCUCACGCCUCAACCCCACCAUUUAUGCAGAGCGCAAAGUUUUAGUCAAAGCUCUCUUUCAAUUUCUUUACUAUCAUGAAGCUGAUGUCUUGAAAGCCUACUCUUUGUGUGAAGCUGUCAUGGAAGUUCAUAAGCAAAAACGUGGUUCGUCCGCCUCACUACGUUCCCUGGCCAAUUGUGACGAAUGGUGGUGGCAGCAACAAAUGGGACGUUGUCUUUUAGCUUUGAAAUAUCCACGUAAAGCUGAAGUAUAUUUACAGCAAUCGCUGAAUGCUUUUCCACAUCCCGAUACUUAUAUUUUACUGGCACGUUUGUAUCAGCGCCUAGAUCAAACAGAUCGGGCCAUGGAUCUUAUACAGACCGCAGUGGAUAGACAUCCAUUUGAUGUUACUUUUCGCAUCGAACAGGGUAGAUUAUUGGAUGAGCAGGCUAAACCGGAAGAUGCCAUGCAAAUGUAUCGUUUAAUAUCCAAAUUAAAUCCAAUAAAUAUUGAAGCUUUGGCCUGUAUAGCCUUAAACUAUUUUUACGAUAAUAAUCCCGAAAUGGCUUUGAUGUAUUAUAGACGUAUUCUUUCCUUGGGUGUCCAUUCCGCUGAGUUGUAUUGUAAUAUUGCUUUAUGCUGCCUUUAUGGUGGGCAAAUUGAUCUUGUUCUGCCUUGUUUCCAAAGAGCUUUAGCAGCCUCAAAAUCCUCAGAACAAAAAGCCGACAUUUGGUACAAUCUCAGUUUUGUGGCCAUUACUACAGGCGAUUUUAAUUUAGCCAAACGUUGCCUACAGCUUUGUCUCACUUCCGAUGCUCGUAAUGGCGCCGCUUUGAAUAAUUUGGCUGUUUUAGCCGCUUAUACUGGUGAUGUUUUAAAAGCGAAAUCGUACCUGAAUGCUGCUAAGGAUGUUUUGGUUGAUUCAAUAGAAAUUGAAAAUAAUUUAAAAUAUAUGGAUGAUCACUAUAAACUUUAAGUAGAAAAUAAGUUUCAUAUCUCUAUAACAGUUAUAUUUGUUGGUUUUAAUAAAGAAAUUGUUGGAAUCAAAAA